AUUUGAUGUGUAAGAAAAGAAAAAACGAAAGUAUUGUCUUUGAUAUCUGCGCCAUAGUAAUAAUUGUAUGAAAAGUAUGCCAAUUCUUUUUGGUUUCUACAAAAUUCCUCCUUUCUUUACACUUUCUUUUCACGUUUGUAUGCAAGUAGAGACGUUGCUUUCGUUUCUUCUUUUCUUUUGUCUUCUUCACACAUUUUGUUCUUAAAUGUUUUGUUCUGUGCAGCGCUACUUGCCAUUGUCUAAUAUGAUUUUUGUUUUCUUCCCAUCCAUCAAACUCAUCGCACUCCACAAGGGUACCAGCGUACUUUCGCCCAGCAUACCGUUGACAUUGGUCAUCUUGCCAGCGCUGAUAAUUGCUCAAAAAUCACCGCAAAAUAUUUUCACCGACCAUUCAUCGCUAUAUAUAUUAGCCUUUGGCAUAGUGGCGGCCAAAGUCACCAAUAAGCUGGUGAUUGCUCACAUGACAAAAGCUGAGAUGGAAUACUUGGAUUGGUCACAAUUGGGACCCGCUUUGCUGUUCUUCAAUCAAUAUUUUAACUGUGUGUUGCCGGAAAUCUGGCUGCUGUGGUUCACCUUCGUCUGGGGCGCGCAGGAUCUCGGACGUUAUUGCUCAAAAGUAAUUCUCAUGCUAUCACAUAAUUUAACAAUCUUAUAUAGGAAUAAACAAUAAUAAUAUUAGGUAUGGGAAUAAGUUCCCAUCCUUUCUUAGCCAAACAAUUAAAUAAUACGUGAUAUUA